ACACACAGGAGAUGCGUCCCAUUGUGCGCCACGCUCCGCUCUGUAACACUAUACUUGCACACAAACACACACUGUGCUAACAUCUUGCAUGGAAAGACUUAAUGAUGGUGCAUUUAAACAUGAAGUGCUGAGCAAAUUUUCAAAACAACUGUCCUUAUUUGUUUCAGAGCAUACAGAAACAUGAUGUGGUUAGUGGUACCUUGACUUACAAGUGAACCGACCCGUUUUUUGAGAUACGAGGCAUCUCUUGGCUGAUUUUGUGUGUUUGCCUUGAACAUUUAUGUGCUCGUGCACAAAUCUGAGUUGCAAACAAUAGAUGGUGAUGCAUUUCGCUACAAGCCGCAAAUACGCAGAUAAAAAAAGAGACCAAGCUUCAACUGUUUAUUGCCACUCUCAUUUGGGGUUUACUGUAAAAGUAAAUUUAAAACAAAAAUGUAUUUCAUUUAAAUCCAAACUACAGUAUUAUCAGUCUGCUACAGUAGCUGAAUGCUAACACACAUUGCAUAACGUCAUAGAUAGGCUAAUAAAACUAGCAUCAAUGUUGCUGAGUUAUAACACUGUAGUAACUAAUAUUUGAACAAAAUCUGCCGCAACACAUUUCGUUAGACAAUAUAACAAAUUCUAAUUCUUUAUCCUCUGUGAAAAAGGGCUACUAUUUUUGCAGCUUAGCAGUUGUGACCGUCUUCUUCAUAUAUAGGUAUUUAUUAUACUGUGCCCUGUUGGCCAAAGUGCACACACUAAAAGUGGCACAAUGAAUUCAAGAAGGAAUUUAUGAUGCAGAAACUGUUUAAUGCUUUACAUUCUAUUGAAAGACUGUAAUCCAUCGCUAUAUCGCGAUUCAUAUAUUGUGGAUUUAGUGCAUCGUACUUUUAAAACAAAUCAUAUUUAUAUUGCUGAUAAUCCGCCACAUCAUGAGAUUUCUUUACAGUGGAACCUCGAUAAAACGGAUAUCGGAUAAAACGGAUCGUCGGGACUAACAAUGUGUACAAAAAUACUUAACAUUUGUCACUUAAAAUUCCAUUGACAAAGUCUGUUAGUUCCAGAAUCGGCCGCUGUUGUUUACUGGCGAUGUGGCGCAAUGCAGGCAGAGAUUGGGACCGACGUAUUUCCAGCUCAGAGAUCGCCAAUAAUACUACAUCCUCUCGGUGCCUACGUUGCAGCCAUUUUGAAUGUGGGCCAUUUCAGGGUGGCCAUGUGAUGAUGGGUACAUCUAUUGUAUAUUGAGCAGAAAGAGAGCGGCAUGGCGCGGCGUUAACUCUUUGGAGUACAAAACAACUUUUUGGGGUGUGGAACAUGCUAUUUCUGGUACAGUAAAACAUUUUUAAUUUUUAUUUUUUAAGCCAUUCGCCUUUGGCAACAGAUUUGAACUAGGAAGCACACUAAAUCCUGAAAGCGACUUGCACAUGAUGAGUACUGUACGUCAAAGUCACCAUGACCAAGCACAUCAGCAUGGUAAGUUUGAAUAAAAUGUGAACCUUUUAAACAUUUUCAAGCAUAAUUUUAAUAUUUAUUUACAAUAACUUUAUAUAGUACUGGGCGUUUUAGGCCUCGAAAAAAAACCCUCAAAAACAAUUUUGUACUGUACAGUAAUAUGGGUACAUAUGAUAAAAAAAAAAAAAAAAGGUUUCAAUGUAACGGACAAUUGGCUAUAUGGGACGCCCCUAGCCCCUAUUAGUCCGUUCUAUCGAGGUUCUACUGUAUAUAUUUUUAUUGUCAUGGUAGAAUAAGUAUUUUCUAGCCUAAAACAUAAAAAAACUAGUGAUAAUGAAAAUUCAUUAAAACACAUAACAAGGAAUAGAAUAGUGUGUAUGCGCGCGAGGCGAGAGUUUGUCGAUGGUGUACGUAUCUCAGUAACCGUGUUUCUUUAUCAAUAAAUGUGAGAGAAAUGUCUCGUUGUAUGUCAUUGGAAGACAUUGCAAUACUUCGUCAAGCCCUACGAUGCCGCCCAGACAAGGGCAGCUAGUAGCAGAGGAAGAUGGUAGCUCACUGUAUAUGUUUUUACAAAAUACUGUAGAGCAAAAAUGUUCUUAUUAAAAGCCACAUCCAAAUUUUUGUGGUGUUUUAUGGGUGGUGGAACGGAUUAAUGUCAAUUGCAUUAAUUUCAAUGUGUAAAAUUAAUUUGCUAUCCAAGUAAAUUGCAUUACGUGUGGUCACGAAACAAAUGAAACUUGGAAGUCAAGGUCCCAUUGUAUUUCAAUUUUAUGUUACCAUAUUUUUUUAUUUAGUUUUUAACUUUACACAGUGUUUGCAGCCCACUCUGCUCAUUUUGUGUCAAGCCAUAGUUGUGUAUAGUGUUUUCCCGCUGUGGCGAUUCAUCGAUAAGCACCCCAGCCAUAUUGUGGAUUAUUCUUUUUUAGCGAUCAUUUGUUUACGGGUCUUUUACAGUAUUCACUCAGCAAGUCCGAAUUUAGAGUUGCGCGGCAAUAGUGUAGUACCACGUUGUGCCGCAACAUGCCGGGCAGCACUGAGGUCUACUGGACGAGAUGCAGCGUAAUUAAGAAAGGCAGACAAGGUCCCCGCCUCAUCUCCAUAGCGACAGCGACAGAUCCAAAUUUUUCAUAAUGGAAAAUUUUCCAUUAUUUUGUAUUGUUUUUCCAUCUUGUAUAACUUUCAUUACCAUGCUGCUAAAACUGAUUGCACAACAGUCAGUUUCACAUGAGAGCCACAACCUCCAUGUUUGCAGAAGUAUAAAAGUCAUAGUUCAUAGUCACUGUACCGGUUUAUUGCAAUGUGGUCAGUACAGUGAGCGAAGCCAAUCGUAAUAAUGUUGCACGUUAUUAGGAUUUAACAUCAUUCACACAUUUAACCUUGCAUGCAUAAACAAGUUCAGGGCUGCCCAACUCAAUUACUAGAAACAGUUCUCAGUGUGAUACAGUGCAGUUGUACGCAAUGUAAACUAUUAACACAAUGAUAAGUGCUUUACCUCUCUGACAGUGUCUAUUAAAAGUGAGAAUUAUUAUCUUUGUAAAAGCACAUAAUCAUUUUCAAGUUUGGCUCAGUAACACCCCGUGGAAAUGUUCAACACACUAUGUCGGCGGAUAAACACUGUAUUUGGCAACCAAUUCAAGUGCGGCCACGGCGGCCAUUCAUGGCGAGCACGUCAUAGCUGUGUGAAAACGUGAGGUGCGUUCAGGGGCAAUGUGUAAAUGGAAGCGAAUGUGUUCUCCGUAGUUCUUUUGUAAGGGUUAGGUUUGGGUAUUGUGUGCAUUUUGUUUGCAGUUAAAUCCUAUUUGAAUGAAAACUUUUGCAGCCUUAUUUUUGGAGGGACUGAAUUGUUCCUGAACACAACACAGAACAGCCCUCUCAAAACCAGUUGAGUUCAAGCAGUUGUGACAAAUGGUUAUGAAGCGUGCAGUAAUUAUUUAUCCUCUGUGUAUUUUGACAGAAGAAUGGAAGAGAACUCGGAACUGAUUUUAAUUGUAAAAAUAAAUGCUUAAUAGGUAUGUCUCCUUGAAAAUGCAGCACAGACAUUUCCUCCUAUUUGGAUGAGAAUACCAAUUAUCGAAUUAUCGAAAUAUUAACACUUUGCACAGGCUAACCUCCUAACAAACGCUCAAUUUCUGUUUGUAGGCUGCCUACGGACAUGCGUGAACAUUUUACAAUCAAUCGACCUAUGGCAAAAUUAUUUUUGACCUAAUGGUUAGCACAUCUACCUCACAGUGCCGACGUUCAGCGUUCAGAUUUCAGCUGCGGCCUUCCCGUGUGGAAUUUGCACAUUCUCCCUGUGCUUUCCAAAACAGGCAUGCUCAUUAAUCCUCUAAAUUGUCCAUAGGUGUGAAUGCUUAUUUGUCUAUAUGUGCUCUGCAAUUGGCUGGUGACCUGUCGAUGGCGUACAUCGCCUCGCGCCCAAAGUGCAGCUCACUUGCGCCCUAAAUGAAGACAAGUGCUAUAGAAAAUGGACGCAAUAAUGUCAGCUCUAUGGUAGUAUUGUCCAACACUUAUCCAUAUAUAUUUUUUUAUGUUUUUGAAAGUGGAAAACAUCUGAACAGAGAUUCAAAUGAAUUCAGGCCACCCUUGAAUUCAUUAAGCUUAUUCAAUUAGCCACAGCAAAUCCUCACGGUAACUCCAGGCCCUGUUUUGUUCUCGCUUGAUGGUGUUGGUUGGAUGUAACAUCUUCAGUGUGUCCAAUAGACGGGUAGCAGGUGUGUGAACAAAGCAGAUGGAGGAGGAGGAAGAGAAGAGUGACAGCCCUCGUCCUCCAGUCAGCAUCAUGUCAAUGCCCAACUCCGAGAACGCUUCCACCCUGGAGAACGCCAUGCAGCUCAUGAUCCAGACCUUCCACAAGUAUUCCGGCAAUGAGGGAGACAAAUACACGCUGAGCAGGGUCGAGCUCAAGGAGAUGCUCACCACCGAACUGGGAAACUACCUCGGGAACAUCCAAGAUAAGGAGGCGGUGGAUAAGGUCAUGGGCGACCUGGACUCCAACGGGGACGGUGAGGUGGAUUUCACUGAAUUCAUCAUCCUGGUGGGCGCUCUCACUGUGGCCUGCAACGACUUCUUCCUGGAGUUCAACGAAAAGCCGGCAAAGAAGAAGUGAACAGCGUCCGCACGCACUCCCUUCUCAGGGAAGAAAAGUAAACACACACAACAUACACACACACACACACGCAACAUGUGACAUACUGUACAUGCGUAAUAGUGAUUUGAGUGACACCUUUUGUCCUUCUGUUGUCUGCAAUGUCCCUUUCAAAUCAUGUUUACAUCAGUCUCUUGUUUCUGUUCAUGCAUUUUGUAACACAUUCAAGCUGUGGAAUUCCCCCCCGGAAAGAAUAAAUGUGAUCUU